AACGUGGCACCCCUAUUCCAUUCAUAGAUGCGGAACGAUCGGCAGCCGAUUUUACUUUUUAUUCCCUGUCCGGUGCGUGUCGUCUGACCAUUCUCAGUAUUUUCCACGAUCUUCGUCCGCGCCAUUCGACAUCUUCUCUUCACCUGUGGUGCUUCUUCCGACAUGUGCACGGGAAUUUAAUCGAGCGAAUAAACGCGGUUUGCGAGCGGCAGGACGAGCACCUCUCUCAGAUUCGGUUCUGAAGUUAUGAGUACGGCCAUCAGCUUCCACGAGGAGCAAACGUUCUCAGGAUGAAGAUCUCCUCGACCACGCCGUUUCUUCUUCUGCUCUUCUUCGCGCAGCACGCUGUUUGCUAUAUGAAGUCCGUAAGCAGAUGCCCCGUGGUGAGGCCGAUGAACGGGAAAGUUCGAGUGCGAGCAGGAGGAAGAAUCAUCAGAUUCACUUGUCAGGAUGGCUUCACCCUCGUAGGUAACAAGUAUUCCACUUGUAUUCGAGGCCAAUGGGAUACGCCUACGCCCGUAUGCGUCAAUACGGAAUGUCACGAGCCACCUAUGCCAGAGCACGCCGUAAUGGCGCCCAAGUACAACGGUGCGAUACUCUUGUAUUUUUGUGAGCCUGGAUACACUUUAGUUGGUCCGUCUGAAAUCUUCUGCGAUGGAAGACAGUGGAAUGGCACAACACCUCACUGUCGUGAUACCACUGCGGCAGCUCCGACGCAAUGUAAUUUCGAGAAACCGGAUCUCUGCUGGUGGGAGCAGGAUCCUCGCCAUGAUUUCGAUUGGCGACGACAGAACUUCGAGACCCCAAGUUUCCACAUAGGCACUGGUCCAACUCACGAUCACACCCUGGGGCCAGGAAACGACGGUUACUACAUGUACAUCGAGGCUUCCGGUCGGCUGGUGAACGACACAGCGAGACUCAUCUCACCCAUGUACAACGCGUCGUACACGGAUGGUGGUUGUUUCUCGUUCUGGUACCACAUGUUCGGCGCCACGGUGGGUGCUCUGAACGUCUACUUCAAGAAGGAUAACGAUCUCGUUCCUAGAUUGAUGUUCAACGAGGAGGGUGACCAAGGGAACCAAUGGCUGCACGGCAUUUUCAAUCUUCCAAAGUCCAACAGAAGUUUCCAGAUCAUAAUCGAGGGUGUACGAGGCAGCAGCUACGUGAGCGAUAUCGCCAUUGACGACGUGGCCAUCUUGCAGGGCAGCAAGUGUCGAAGUGUGAACAAGACGGAGAACGAGGGGGUGACCGAAGGCGACGAAGAUCAAAUCGAAGAGGUGAACGCGCAGCAAAGUUGCCGUGGAAGAUGUAAAAAUAGUGUGACAUACAAUUUUACAAGUUCGAUGCCGCCCACGCAAACCGACAUUUGCUUCUGCACCCUCGAUUGCAGCGAACACUCCAUCUGCUGUCCGGAUUAUGCGGAAUACUGCGUUCUGGGGUACACCGAGGGAAUGACCGUGACCACCGAGCAAGGGACGACCGCCAAUCACGAGGGGCCAGCUACGGUGGCGCCAACUAGGAAGGACGCGGUGACCGAAAUGGGCACGGUCAGAACUGGUUUCUCGAUGAAUCCGAAGGACGAUAUCGACCCUGUCACGUCGAGGCCGUGGACGACCACAACGGUGAAACCGACGCCGAAUACGACCAGAAAGAAGGUCGAGAAACCGACCAAGAGUACUAAACGUAUCACAACGACUGUCGCCACUACGAGAACUACUCAGACAAAGGAGACGCCAUUUGUUCGACCGACCAGUCUCACUACGAGAUACGCUCCGGUGGACGAGAAACCUGAUUUAGACGCGAGAAGGCAAGAUCCAGAGCAGGUACAUCGUGCCGCGACGAAUUUCAGCAUGUUAGGGAUCAUCGGUGUGGUGGUGGGUGUAGUGGUCUGGCUGUCGAUCUCGUUGAUGAUCGUGAUCAUCAUCCUAAGACGAAGGAAGACGUACAAACGUGGAACGAACGGGUCAGCUCUUUCAGAGGACAGUGACGUUCGAUUUCUGACGUCCGACGAGAUCCUGGAUUUCACGUUGGCCAGACCCAGCGAGACCGACGAGACGUAAGAAGUAUUACGUUUUCUUCUUUUAUUAAUAAAAGGAACGAAAACUCGUGGAAAACGGGUCCUCGCAAGGGAAGAGAAUGAAUAGAAAUUUUUGCCCUGGAAGUUCCAUGACUCGUGACUGCAUUUAGGACGGACAGAGAACGCUGUAUUUCCGGCGGGUAUUUAAUUAAUGUAUUAGUUACCGUGUAUUUAAUAUAAGGAAUUAAAAAGUUAAUAACGUAAUUAACGUUG